UGAGAAAUGGAGGUGGAAUGCUUUGUGUCCAAGACCCGGCUCCUUCAGGAGGAGAGAGAAGCAGAGAUCGAGGAGACAAAGCUAUGGCAGGAGAAUGUCUCUCUGAAAGAUCUCCAGAGUAAAGGCGUUUGUCUCCUGAAGCUGCAGAUAGGAAGCCAGUCAACUGGCCUUUAUGGACGAUCACUCCUCCUUCUGGAACCCAGAAAACACAUGGGCGUCUCUGUGCUGCCUAGCAACAACUUUGGACCCGGAGACAUAGUGGGUCUGUAUGACCUGGAUGGCUGUAAGCCGUCCUCCCAGCUGUGUACUGGUGUAGUGACCCGCAUCAGUCAGUCAGCUGUCACCGUGGCCUGUGAGGACUCGCCGGACGGACUCAACCUGGACACAGACGCUCUGUACAACCUCAUGAAGCUGGCUAACGAUGUCACGUACAAACGCAUGAAAAAGGCCUUGAACACUCUGAAUGCGUACAGCAGUGGACCAGCCUCGGAUUUGAUCAGCGUUCUCUUUGGCUAUUCAGAACCUGGCUCGAUAUCACAACCAAAUGAUCUGUCUUUCCUGAACAGUGGUCUGGAUGAGUCUCAGAGACAGGCGGUGUCGUUUGCUCUGUCUCAGAGAGAGGUAGCUGUAAUACACGGGCCACCAGGCACCGGCAAGACAACCACUGUGGUGGAAAUCAUCCUACAAGUGGUCAAACGGGGACAGAAGGUCCUGUGCUGUGCUGGUUCUAACGUGGCCGUGGAUAACCUGGUUGAGCGCCUGGCUAAGGCCAAAGCUAAGGUCCUGAGACUGGGACACCCUGCCCGCCUGCUAGAGUCCAUUCAGAAACACUCGCUAGACGCCGUCCUCGCUCACAGUGACAACGCCAACAUCAUCGCUGACAUACGCAAAGACAUCGACAAAGCUUUUAUGGGGAUGAAGAAGAUGAAUGACAAACGAGAUCGGAUCCACCUGAAGAGGGAGGUAGGAGAGCUGAGGAAAGAGCUGAGGACCAGGGAAGCGACAGCCAUUGCUGAGGUCCUCAAACGUGCUGAUGUUGUUCUAGCCACUAACACAGGUGCUAAUGAUGGUGGCCCUCUGAAGAACCUACCUGUAGACCAUUUUGACUGGGUGGUGAUCGAUGAGUGUGCCCAGGCGUUGGAGAGCUCCUGCUGGAUCGCGCUGCUCCGAGGCAGGAAGUGUAUCCUGGCUGGAGAUUACAAGCAGCUGCCACCCACCAUCAAGUCUAACACGGCUGCAUCUAAAGGCCUGUCUGUCAGCCUGAUGGAGAGGUUGAUCCUGAAGUAUGGCGACUCCGUAGUCAGGAUGCUGACAGUGCAGUACCGUAUGAACAGUAACAUCAUGACCUGGGCCUCAGAACAGAUGUACCAGGGUCAACUCGUCGCACACAGCUCAGUGGAGAAACACCUGCUCAAAGAUCUCCCAGGAGUAGCCAGUGUUGAAGAGACCAGCACCCCUCUCCUCCUCAUAGACACAGCAGGCUGUGGACUUAGUGAGAUGGAGGUGACAGACGACCAGUCCAAAGGAAACCAAGGUGAGGUGGACAUUGUGGAACUGCACAUCAAAGCGUUGACUGAAGCUGGGGUGAAACCUAAAGACAUCGCUGUUAUUGCCCCUUACAAUCUGCAGGUGGAUCUCCUGCGUCAGCGUCUCUCAGCGCGACAUCCCGAUCUGGAGAUCAAGUCUGUAGACGGCUUCCAGGGUAGAGAGAAGGAGGCUGUGGUGCUGACCUUGGUCAGAUCUAACAGGAAAGGUGAGAUAGGGUUCUUGGCUGAAGACCGGAGGAUCAACGUGGCGGUGACUCGAGCCAGACGUCACCUGGCCCUGGUGUGUGACACGCAGACCGUCCAGACCCACGGCUUCCUCAAGACCCUCAUCGAUCACAUGACCCAGCACGGCGACGUACGCACCGCCUUUGAGUACCUGCAGGACAUUGUGCCCCAGAACUACACCAGAGACCACAGAGAUACCAAGUCUAACAACACUAAAGCUACCGCUAGCUGCUCCACCUCCAACAAGCAGAAGGGCAGAGGCCAGGCUGGGAGCAAGGUGGAGCCAGGACACAAGAGGACCUCUGGGGGGAACAAGACCCAGGGAGGAGAGCCCCAGACAGGUUCAUAUCCCGGCACACACAGCCAAGCCAGACGUUCCACCCCCACAGAGGAGGAGCAGAGACUGACGCAGAAAAAAUACCUGGAGAUCAAGAACCAGGUGGAGUGGUUUCUCCAGGACCCAGACCAGACGGAGCUACGGUUUCCCUCGACCCUCAACUCCCACGACCGCCUGCUCGUACACCAGGUUGCAGAGGAGCUGGGCCUGAACCAUGAGAGUCAGGGAGAGGGAAAGGAUAGAUGCAUCACUGUCUCCAGACCCCCAACAGGGUCUAACGAGGCUGGGGAAGAAGAGGAGCAACAAGCCCAAGAACCAGCAGCCGUCCGGGAGGAAGAGAGUGUUACAGGGCCUCCUGUAGGGCAACCGGCAGCAGAUCUCAAGACUUUACAUCUGGAACGAAUGAGACGGGAGCAGAAGAAGAGAGAGCAGAAGAUUGAGCAGGAGAAGCAUCUAGAUACCAUCCGUACAGCAGGACAGACUCAGACUGCUAAGAAGACCAAGGCAAAAGGAAAGCCCAAAAAGACCAAAGCGGGGGCCUGUGAGAUCGCUGCGGCUGCGACGGCUGAUGAUGAUUUUGACACCCUAAUAGAUGCUGUGGUGAAGGCAGAACGCGUCUGUAGUUUUGUCAAGUGUAAAACGUUAGUAAUUCAUCUGGGACAACUCUGUCUGUUCUGCAACAGACAAUACUGCCUCGGUCACCACAUACCUGAGGUCCAUGGGUGUGGAGAUCAAGCCAGGGCCAAUGCCAGGAUGAGGAUCAGUAAAGAAGGGGUUCUGUAUGCUGGUAGUGGACACAAGGACAAGUCUGUAGAUCCUAACAAGAAGGCCUAUCUACACAGGAAGCUGGACUCCAAACUCAAAGACAUGGAAAAGCAGCGGAAGACCAAACCCAAAGAGAGUGACAAUAAUUGACCUUUGACCCUUUUAAUUCCAGUUUGUCAGUGACUGUAAGCUCUGAGGAUGACCCUUUGUGGACUGAAUAGAUGUCAUUAUUAAACAGAUUACUGCGAAAUCA